AUCCCUAACCAACCCGAAAUGCCGAUUCUUACGCUCAGUUCGUAGUAAGAUCGUGCUUGGUGCGUACAUGCGAUCGUUUCGCGGAAAGUGCAUUUGGCCAUUUCUUUCUCUCUCUCUCUCUCUGUAAAUUCGUGCAACGAUGAAAUUGUAAAAGAAAGUAUGACAUCGCGCGAGCUAGCAGUCGGCUGGCGAAUAAGGUUACACGCCCUCGUUUCCGUACAUGAUCGAUACUUCUGCGAGGAAAAUGACAAGUACGGACACGAUAUUUUAUAAUGAUUAACGACGUGCCCCCUGCAACGCUCGCGCUCCACGGAAGUAUGUUAUCACGUUCGCUCUGCCGUGUAAUUGGUGCAUAAUUCACAAUGGCCCUGGACGACACGGACAAGAAACGAUGGCAUCCGAGAGGCGGACAGUUCAAUAAAUUUGUCAAGAAACGAAUACCAAUUACCGGAUGGUUGCCGAAUUACAAUUCCGAGAAGUUUCUGAACGAUGCCAUAGCCGGCGUCACCGUCGGGCUCACUGUUAUGCCGCAAGGACUUGCCUACGCCACUCUAGCCGGCUUAGAGCCUCAGUAUGGCCUAUAUUCCGCAUUUAUGGGAGCCAUGGUGUACAUAGUAUUCGGCUCGUGUAAAGAUAUCACGAUUGGACCCACUGCCCUUAUGGCACUGAUGACUCACGAGUACGUCCAAGGCAGAAACGCGGACUUCGCGAUAUUGCUAGCCUUUUUAUGCGGUUGCUUGCAAAUAUUGAUGGCUUUCCUGCGACUAGGCGUACUUGUAGACUUUAUAUCGAUACCAGUCACAGUCGGAUUCACCUCCGCGACGUCUGUUAUAAUUGUGGUUUCUCAGUUGAAGGGUCUUUUGGGAUUGAGAAUCUCCUCCCAAGGGUUCUUGGAUACUUUAACAAAAGUAUUACAAAACAUUCAUCGGGUCAAUUGGUGGGAUACUGGGAUGAGCCUGUCUUGUAUCACUAUCCUACUGUUAUUCAGGAAAAUGAAAGACAUCAAGCUGUGCUCGAACAACGAGAAACCAAAUAGAUAUCAAAGGAUACUGAUGAAAAUGAUAUGGUUAUUAUCAACAGCUAGAAACGCUGUCAUUGUUAUAAUUUGCUCCACCAUUGCUUACAAACUAAACUCUACCGAACAUGGUUCCCCGUUCAUUCUCACUGGCCCUGUGAGAUCCGGUCUUCCAUCCUUUGGAUUACCUCCGUUUUCCACGCGAGUGAAAAAUGAGACUUUGACUUUCACUGAAAUGUGUUCAGAGUUGGGUGCAUCUAUAGCAUUAGUACCAAUAAUCGGAGUCCUUGGGAACGUGGCGAUAGCAAAGGCUUUUGCAAACGGUGGCAAAGUAGAUGCCACUCAGGAACUAAUUACUUUAGGGAUUUGCAAUGUUCUUGGAUCUUGCGCAAGUGCAAUGCCCGUUACUGGCUCCUUUAGCAGAUCUGCAGUGAAUCAUGCCAGUGGUGUGAAAACGCCAAUGGGUGGUUUAUAUACUGGGAUAUUAAUAUUACUGGCUCUUAGUCUACUUACCCCUUACUUCUACUUUAUACCAAAGGCUUCCUUAUCUGCAGUUAUUAUCUGUGCGGUGAUAUACAUGAUUGAAUAUCAAGUUGUAAAGCUCAUAUGGAAAACCAGUAAAAAGGAUUUGAUUCCAAUGUUUGUGACCUUCUUGUUCUGCUUGAUUGUUGGUGUUGAAUAUGGAAUUUUAUUAGGUGUAGGAAUAAAUCUCAUGUUCUUGCUAUAUCCCUCGGCACGUCCUACAAUACACGUUGACAAAUGUAAAACAACUUCUGGGGCUGACUAUCUUUUAGUAACACCAGGAAAUAGUCUUUAUUUUCCAGCUGUGGACUUUAUUAAAAAGUCAGUUGGUAAUGCCGGAAUAAAGCAAGGUUCUUGUCAAGUUCCAGUUGUAGUCGACUGCAGGUAUAUUCUCGGAGCUGAUUUUACUGCCGCAAAAGGAAUAGCAACAUUGAUAAAUGAAUUUAACAAUCGAAAACAAGGUUUAUAUUUUUACAAUCCGCGAUCGGAUGUUAUUGCUGUACUUAAAGGAGCCUGCGGAGAAGAGUUUCAAUAUAUUUCUACCCAGGAUGAAUUAUCAUACUUAUUAUCGACGCAUCAAGAUAAAACAUCGCAACAACUUUUAGAAAUAACACGCGACAAAUCGCACGAACCAUUAAUGUUAAAUAGUCCCGAAAUUAUUCAUCGAAGUAGUCGUUCAUGCCAUGAACUUAAUGAAGUCACAACCACAUUGUUACACGCUACAGCCAGUUAAACAGUAAAUAAUAUUUUCAGUUUAAAGUUUCGCUUUCGACUCUUUCCAUGAAAUGAUAAAGUUCACAGAUAUUAUCAUGAAAAUUUUCAUAA